CGAAUUCAACGAGCUGGUCAACAUGACCCCCAACGAGCUCCGCGACUGGCUCCAAGAGGAACAGUCCCAAUCCUCUGGCUGGAGCAAGGAUAGCGAGUCAGGCGAGACGAUCGGGCAUGAGAGUGGUCGCAAAAUCGUGGACAUCCUCGAAAGCAACCCAUCCAAGGAUGCGUCCAAGUACUCGGAUGAGGACAUCGAUCAUAUGCGCAGGGUGGUGUCAUACUGCAAGCGGCAUCUGGCCCAGGAGGAGACCGCAAAGCAGAACACCGAUAGUAAGAGCUAUCGGUCUUUGAAGAACUGGGGCCAUGAUCCGCUGAAGGAGUGAGGGCUGUUACUUGUUCUGGAAGGGGGUUCGGUUUCCUGUUUGGAUGUGUAUAAAUAGGUUAGGGGUAGAAUUAUUGUAUGGAUAUAGUGUGAACUUUGCAAGUCUGGUCGCGUUGAGCUGGAG